GUUUUUUUUCAGGUGCCCUUGGGUCUGCAGCUUGUGGCCGUGCCUCCACCAGUGGCUCCUCCUCCCUUCCCUUGCGCUGGAUUUCAAGUCACAGUCUCCCAUUCAACUUGCUCCCACCACCGCGCUCUGACUAGCUCUGUGUGUGCGCAUUGCAG